AUGGUUUCUUCCAGCGGCUCUUCUUGCAGGCAUGCCUACAGCUGCUGGGAAAAAAACUGCACUGGUUUGUCAAGUUUUCCGAGCGGGUAAAUGAACACCAUGACUGGAGCUGAAGGCACAGCUGCGACGGUGAUCAGUCUGUGAAGACGGACCAGUAGUGAAAAGGAAAAAUGGCUCGCAGUGUUAACUUUGACCUGAACCACCCUCUCAUUGAAUAUGGACUGGAGAGCCCUGCAGAUGAGGAAGGUGUUCAUGAUUCAUUCAACCAGCUGAUUGCAGAGCAAAGCCAGAAUGAAGAAAUGUUUGAUACUUUUGAUCAAGGGCCGCUGGGAAGGAGGGAGCUGGAUAAGGAGCAUCAAGACUUUGUGUACACGUCGAGCCCUCCACAUACAUUUAGGGAACGGGAGCCGGAUCGAGGCGAGUAUGAACUGGAGGAAUAUGGAGAACAAACAGACCCACUCAUUCCUGAACGCUGGUCUUCAGACACCUUGAAAAUCCUUUCCUCCAUGCCCAGCCGCACCAUUGGCCGCAACAGAGGAGCCAUUAUUUCUCAGUACUGCAACAAGACCUUACAGCUUCGGAGACGCAGGCAGAGCAAACCAGCUGACCGAGUCUUCUCUCGCUCUUCGAGGCCGAGCAUACGGGCCUAUGACCUGGAAGCAGACACUACAGACUCAGAGAGCAGAGACUUGACUAAGCAGGAUCAGUUGGUGAACAACCUGCAGAACCUGUCUGCAAGUGACAGAGAGAGGAUGCUCCGAGGGAUGCCUCUGUGUUUGACUGUAAAAAAGAAGCUAAGGGAGUUGGCAUCGCAAAAAGAAAAACAAACACGCUCCAGCAGCAGGAUUAACUGCUGCAGUCAUUUUAAACUUUGCAUUAUCAAAAGCUGGUACACCUGGUCAUCCUUCAUUCACUCCCGCCAAAUGUGGAAAGUACCGCUCAAGAGAGUGAGCGGACGUUUUGGCACCGGAGUCCUCUCAUACUUUUUGUUUCUCAAGACUCUUCUCUUUUUUAACGUCUUCCUCUUCCUGGUCAUGGGUACAUUCCUGGUGCUGCCUCAGGCAGUGUACCCACCAGAAGUGCCUGCAAACCGGAGGUCCUUCUCUGGGCUGGAGCUUUUAACUGGAGCGGGUUAUUUCUCUGACACAGUGAUGUACUAUGGAUACUACUGUAACUACACCCUGCAUAGAAACUACAACAGUUCUACCCAGGCAUGGAGUACGGUGAAGUUGCCUUCAUACAAUAUGCCUCUUGCGUACUUCUUCACAAUAGGAAUGGCCUUUUUCAUUACAUGCAUCAUUCUAGUGUACAGCAUGUCGAAGUCCUUCGGUCAGAGCUUCAGAAUUGACAAGUCUUACAGUAUUUUGGCCAUAAAGACUUUCUGCUCUUGGGACUUCAGGGUCAUCAAGAAAAACUCAAUCAAGCUUCUGUCUGAAAACAUCUGCACACAGCUCAAGGAGCUGUUGGGAGAGUUGAAGCCCAAGCACGGCAGAAACCCUUGGUUAGAGAGGUUGAGGAGGUUGAUGGUUCAUUGCCUGGCAUGGUUGAUGUGUGUUGCAGUCACCACUGGCUGUGUGAUUGGCAUCUAUUACUUCUCUGAUUACAUGCACAUAGAAAAUCAGAAACAAGGUGCUGCCCAGGAAGCCAGCCUGUUGGCCCUGCCCGUGCUGGUCUCCCUCAUCAACCUGCUGCUGCCCGGCCUCUUCAACUUUGCAGCCUGGGUGGAGGACUAUAUUUCUCCUUCUGUGCGCACAUACGUUGGUCUCAGCCGGAACUUAAUGUUGAAAGUGAGCGUACUCGGAGUCCUGUGCUACCAUUGGUUGGGGCGGAUCGCAACUGAUGGAACUGAUUACAUUAAGUGCUGGGAGAGUUUUGUUGGUCAGGAGCUUUAUCGCUUCCUCAUUGUGGAUUUCAUCUUCACUCUGCUGGAUACUUUGUUUGGAGAGUUGCUGUGGAGGUUGUUUUCUGACAAAAUCCUUAAAAGACAGAGGAAACCAGAGUUUGAUAUUGCCAAGAAUGUCCUGGACCUCAUCUAUGGACAAACUCUAGCCUGGUUGGGUGUUCUCUUCUCACCUCUCCUUCCUGCAGUUCAGAUUCUCAAACUGUUGCUGCUCUUUUACAUUAAGAUGAGCAGUGUGAUGAUGAACUGCCAGGCCCCCAGGAGGCCGUACCGAGUCAGCCAGAUGACCACCAUCUUCAUCACACUCCUCUGCUUCCCUUCCUUCCUUGGCUCCUCUGUGUGUGUCACAUACGCCAUGUGGAGUAUAAAGCCAUCAGAAUCAUGCGGCCCGUUCCGUAGGCUCCAAACGAUGCUCAAGGCAGGAAAACAAUGGAUGAAACAACUGGCAGAAGAAAAUGCAAGCCUGUCCCCACUGGCCAGCGCUCACGCCUAUCUGGUGGAAAAUCCUCUUUUUUUGUUUGUGGGAGCAGGCAUUUUUCUGAUUGUCAUCUACUUCCACAGUCAGGUGCUCGAUGGCCAGAGGAAGAUCAUCACUUUACUGCAGGAACAUAUUAAAAAUGAGGGAGAAGAUAAAAAGUUCCUAAUUACUCGGCUUCAGUCGAUUCAUGAGCAGAAACGACCCUCAGCAAGAAAACUCACAAAUCAGGACUCAACUGAACUUCAAGAAGACAAACCUCAGUUUUCUAAUUACUACGGUUCUUCAACCAGUGGGUAAAUAACUGGAAAUGCAACAAAUCAAAUGUACGGUGCUGUGAGAGGAGCACAAAGUGAAGCCAAACAUUACUCGUGAGGCAUAUUUGUUGAAUUGUUGAAAAUCAGGGUAACUUUUAGUUCAGAACAUCUCUUUUCUUUCUUUGUUUUUAUAGUUGUAGGAAACGAAUUGAGCACCAGUCCAGGUAGAUCUUUAUGUAAUAAAAGGGCAAUUUAACAAAAAUCUUUAGAUUUUAGCCCGUCUACUGAAAGAAGCACUUUCAAAUCAACUGUGAAUAGUUUUUCUGUUGUAGAAAUAAUCCAAAUACAUAAUGUGGCUGUGGAAAUGUGUUAAUAUUGUAAAUAUUUAUUCUCUCAUUUUGCCUUUUAUUAUUACUAUCAUUGUACUUUUUCUAAGUAAAUUAUGUCUUAUUA